GAACUGAAAGCAGAGGAGGCCGGUUUAGAGAGGAGGAGCACCACAGAGACAGGAAGGUUACACAUGCAGAGGAAUUAAACAAAGCUCAGACAGAGCCAGGAGGGGAAAGGUUGGUUAACUGCAGGUCUUUUUUUUUUACCUUAGCUAAUUACCACUUUGCUUUUACUGCAGCACCAGAAAAGCAGGGAGAAAACAGCAAUCAGAGAGAACAGAAAACGGAGACAAGAAGCAGCCAAGGAGAGAGUACUAGCAGCAGUUAAGAAGUCGAGUCAAGAUUAAUUGAGGAAGAGAAAACAAAAGCAGAGACGAGCCUCAGAGAAGCGGAAACAGUAAGAAAACAGUAGACAUUCAUUGACAAAGAGGUGGACUCAACUCCACGGACUCCUGACAUCAGCAAAACAAAGGGGAGAAAGAGAGCGGCUGUAAAGAGGUCACUGUGGUCCAUGUGCUGCGUGCCUGAGCAAGUCUACUAUGCAAGCGAGACAACACAGAUAAACAAACCAAAGCACAGUGUCUCUGUUCACCUCCAAAAGACAGUGUUCCCUGCAGCAGCACCAUGUUGAUGAAAGAGUAUCGCAUAUGUAUGCCACUGACGGUGGAGGAGGUGCCUGAAUGCUAAACCUUACUUUAGCAUCAAGGAAUCUCUCACAGCAAUUAGCAAACACCUGCUGGAAAUGCAAGUCUGCUGAGAUCACCCUACAAACUACUUCUCAGUCCAAUGCUCCAAAGAAUGAUGUACAAGAUUGGGCAGCUCUACAUGAUCAGUAAGCACAGCUGUGAGCAGAGCGGUGGGGGCGAGGGAGUGGAGGUGGUGAGGAAUGAGCCGGAUAUUCACCCUCAGCAUGGUCCUGGACAGCUGACCGAGAAGAGAAUCUACCUCACCAGUAAACUGCCAUCCUGGAUUAAAGCUUUUGUGCCUCGAGUUUUCUAUGUGACUGAAAAGGCGUGGAACUUCUACCCCUACACCAUCACGGAGUACUCAGUAUCAUUCGUCCCCAGGUUCAGCAUCCGCAUUGAGACAAGGUUCGAAAACAACAACGGCAAUAACAACAAUGUGUUUGGGGACAAGCCAACCCCGGAGGGGGACGUUUGCUUCCUGGACAUCCUAACUGACCCCAUCCCGGAAAAGCACUACAAAGAAUCAGAGGAUCUGAGUCUCUGGCGGUCAAAUAAAACCAACCGAGGGCCUCUGGAGAAAGGCUGGAGGAAAAACCACAGCCCCAUUAUGUGCUCCUAUAAGAGAGUGCAGUGCAGUUUCGAGGUCUACGGCUUCCAGACCAGGACGGAGGAUUUCUUACAUAGAAUUGUUAAAGACAUUCUUCUGGUCGGCCACAGGGAGGCAGUUGCGUGGGUUGACGAGUGGCACGGGCUCAGCUUGGAGGAGGUGAGGGAGUACGAGAAAACGAUGCAAGAGAAGACCAACAGCAAAGUCAAAUCUAACCAGAACAACUCAGGCCCACAGGAUUCCUGCGAUCGUCCUGCGAUCUCCCGCUCCAUCUCUGUGACAGACGAGCAUUCCUUGAAGAAGAUGGGAGUGCAGACGGUGGACGUGUCUGGCAAGUCAGCCUCCUCUGGGCUGCACUGUCCCAUUCGCCUAAACUCCACCCCAGAGUGAUACCUCUUUGCCCGAUGGCAACACAGAAAACAAAGUCUAACUUUGUGUCAGUGCCAGCAACAAGGGUUAUGUGAUGUUAUUUGUCAAAAUGCAACAAAAGCCACAGAAUUUCUGCAAGAUUGUUAAAAAAAAUAUUUGGGGUGCAGUUGCAUAGGUAUGGAAAGCUAAAAGUGCUAAAGUCCAAUAAAUAAAUAAUUUUGAAAAUGUGUUUAUGUUAUGUUCACAUUAUUAAUAAAUCAUUUGUAUUCACAUAAAUGUUUUCAAUCGCAGCUUAAAAAGGAUAUUAUCCAGUGAUUUACUUGGGAUUCAUUCAACGUAUCUCUUCAGUGGCUUUAAUUCAUUUUAAAUUUAUUCUAUGCCAUUUCGCAUAGUAUGCAUGCUCUCCCAAUGUGUCCAACCAUAAAACAUGUAUGUGUGGCUCAUUGGUUGCUCUUUGAAGUGGGUGCAUGGUUGGUUGAGGACUGGUGACCCACUGACCCCUGGUACAGGCACCAGACCCUCUGUGACUAAGCAAAAUGGAUGGGCGUAUUGGACUCUGGCACUUUUGAAUCUCCAUAUAUGAUAUAUCAGUGCAGCUUUUACUGUCUUCAAAAUUCAAUUGAAAAAUGGCUUGAAAGUAAACUUGAUAGCAGUAAAGUUCUCUUUAUCCACAUACAAAAAAAUGUAAUUAAUGCAUCUUAUCAGGUUGGCUUCUUGGUGCCUGUUGUGAUAAAGACUAGCUACUUCCUUGGGUCAAAUAGUUUUUCAAGAAUCAAACUCAGUGUUGGUACAACUGUUACAUUAGGACAAAUCUAAUUCUUUUUUUGAACCAAAACUAAGCUGCUGCAGGCUACAGUCCCUGUUCGCUAUACAGAUAAAAAUAGUAUUGAUCCUCUCAUGUAAUUGCUUUCCAGGGAGCCCAAAUAGUUGUAUCAUUUCUUUAAUACUAUCACAUUAUUGUAUAGCAACAUUUCUUACUUUCAACUUGAGAGCACGUCUUGUGCAUGGUAAAAUAUAUUUUGCACAAAUGCUUUAAAAACAAAAAUUGUCUUUUUGCUACACCAAAAAGAAAUCUCAAGUGUCUUUAUCAGUCUCCAAACAUGCAUGUCCGCACUUUCCAUCAGUUCCUUAGCCUUAGAGGAGCACGCACACCACCUGAAGGGAUCUACAAUUGUUUCCAGAAAGCAAUCCACAGACAAAUGCAUAAAGAGUUUAAUAGUGUAGAUCUAAUGAAAGCACAGUGGAGAAGGGAGGAGACGCUCAAUGCAAUGGAUCAGCUUCUCUUUUCCCCCUCAGCCAAUAAGGUCACACCAGGUGUAUUGACAGAGGGCAGUGAGAUGUGGUGUGGCUCCCCCCUUAUUGCUUUGGUGGGUGCUGCAAAUGGGUCAAGCCACGGCUAAGCUACAAUUAUGGGUCAACGAUGUAAACAUUUGUGAUACAAUAAACUAGAUUUUUUUUUUAGAUGGGUUACUAGGUUAGUAGAAUAAGCAACAGUACGAUACAACAUGCAUGCCUGUAUAGAAUAAAUGCCUAGUAUGUUUUGAGUUUGAUGUACUUUGCUAAUAAAUAGCAGCAUACUGUAUAAUCAGUUAUGUGGUAUUUGGAUCAAUAAAUAUUUUUAUUUCUC